UCAAAGGAAAAACCCUCCCUCAAUCUGUGUCCCUCACCUCCGGCCGUGUUACUGUCUCUGCGGGUGGCCUCCUCCCUGACUUCCGGCAGUGUACCCUCUGCGCUACACGGAGCUCUCUGCGCUACACGGAGCUCUCUGCGCCUCAGAAGAAUCGCCGGAAGAAGUCCCGCCAGAGCGAAGUCUCCGAGUUCUUCCUCCCUUCACCGGGAGCCCAAUAAAUAUUCCAAUUCGCUUGCAGUGUUUUUCCUAGAUAUCAAUAUCUACAGCUUUUGCAGCAGCAGCAGCUAUGUUGUUGCCAGCUGAAGGGAAAGAGGAGGAGAUGUCGGAAGAGUUGGAAGCAAAAGUGAAGAGGUAUUUGAGAGGUGAAGGUGCUAAUUUGGAGGCUCUACAAGAUAAGAAGUUGAAGACCCAGCUUGCUAUCAGAGAAGAUUUAUAUGGCAAAUCUGCAAAAGCUGCCGCCAAGGCAGAGAAGUGGCUUAUGCCAAGCGAAGGAGGUUAUCUCGAGGCGGAAGGUUUAGAGAAAACAUGGAGGAUCAAGCAAGAAUCUAUUGCUCGCGAGGUAGAUAUAUUGAGUGCAAGGAAUCAACAUGAUAUCAUCCUUCCAGAUCUCGGUCCAUACACUCUGGAUUUCACUUCCAGUGGACGGUAUAUGGCAGCUGCUGGGCGCAAAGGCCACCUAGCUCUUGUCGACAUGAAAAACUUGGGCCUUAUCAAAGAAGUUCAGGUGAGAGAAACCGUGCGUGAUGUUGUCUUCUUGCAUAACGAGCUCUUCUUUGCUGCGGCACAGAAGAAGUAUCCUUAUAUCUAUAAUAGGGAUGGCACAGAGUUGCACUGCCUAAAGGAACAUGGUGCAGUACGCAAACUUCAAUUUUUAAAGAACCAUUUCCUCCUGGCAUCAAUAAACAAGAUUGGGCAGCUACAUUAUCAGGAUGUUACGGUUGGCGAGAUGGUUGCUAAUUUCCGAACAAAUUUGGGCCGCUCUGAUGCAAUGCGGGUUAAUCCAUUCAAUGGUGUUGUCACUUUAGGCCAUUCAAGUGGGACGGUUACCAUGUGGAAGCCCACAAGCUCCGCCCCUCUUGUCAAGAUGCUCUGCCAUCACGGGUCCAUCUCAGCCCUGGCAUUCCACCCAAAUGGGCAUCUGAUGGCUACUUCAGGAAAGGAUCGGAAAAUCAAGCUAUGGGAUUUGAGGAAGUUUGAGACCCUUCAAACUCUCCCGGGACACGCAUGCUCACUGGACUUCAGCCAGAAGGGUUUGCUCGCCUGUGGGAAUGGGUCUUUUGUACGAGUAUUGGGUAAUUUCUCAGAUUCACAGACCUAUGAAAAGUACAUGACCCAUUCGAUCGUGAAAGGUUACCAGAUAAAUAAGGUAUUGUUUCGACCCUAUGAAGAUGUGUUGGGGAUUGGGCACUCGAUGGGUUGGUCUUCCAUUCUUAUCCCAGGAUCAGGGGAACCCAACUUCGAUUCUUGGGUUGCAAACCCAUUCGAGACAUCGAAGCAGAGGAGAGAGAAGGAAGUUAAGAGUCUUCUUGACAAGCUUCCUCCUGAGACCAUCAUGCUGGAUCCAUCAAAGAUUGGUACGUAUAAGCCUCUAACAAAGAAGGAGAAACCGACAAAGCAGGAGAGAGAAGCCAAGAUGGAAGAGGUUGUAGCUGCAGUGAAGGAUGCUCCGUUGAAGAAGAAGACCAAAGGGAGGAGCAAACCGAGCAGGAGAGCAAAGAAGAAGCAGGAGAGCAUCGCGAUAGCUAAGCGGCCUUUCUUGGAACAGCAGAUGAAGGAGGACGGAGCCCUGUCCAGGAAGAAGCAGAAGAUCAGCGAGGAAGUUCAACUCCCUGCCUCUUUGCAAAGGUUUGCGACUAAGAAGAAAGGGACGUGAUCCGCCGGCCUGGCUCGAUGAUCUAUCUAACACAAUUUUGAAUAUGUUUGUGCUUAUUAUUACGGGCAAAAUCCUUGUUUGUUUUUGUCAUAAUUUAUCCUUUUAGUUAGGAAGUUCAUGGAAUUUCAUUUCCAUUUUCCCUUUCGCUCAACCAUUUUUGGAAUCUUCCCGGCCUUCCCCAUAUCUAUAUAUGGCAUGUUCACAUUUUGUAGUAUUUAAUAUUUAAUAUUUAUUUAGGGGAAAUUAAAAGAAACAGUUCUACA